GCGAAUUCGCAGCAGCGCAGCCAUUCUCAAUCCAUGGCGAUACCUCCUCAAUUCAUGCGCGCUCUUGACAGCUUCAAGGACCAGGCAAAGGAUGCACUAUGGGCUCUCUCUUCAUGUCUUUGCCAGCAGUCAGCAAAGGUCAAGAUAAAUGGACGAACGUUCAACAUAAUUAAAGUUUUGGGAGAAGGAGGCUUUUCAUUUGUAUACUUGGCGCAGGACGAACACAGCGGACGCCAAUUCGCCCUCAAGAAAAUUCGAUGUCCUACUGGUACGGAAGGUGUAAAGGAAGCUAUGCGAGAGGUGGAGGCAUACAGACGGUUCAGGCAUCCAAACAUCAUACGAAUACUGGACUCGGCAGUUGUCCAGGAUCCUGAUGGCGAAGGAAAGAUUGUCUACUUGUUCCUACCAUUAUACAAAAAAGGCAACCUACAGGACGCCAUCAAUGCCAACGUCGUUAAUGGCACACACUUCCCUGAACAAGAGAUGGUGCGCCUAUUCAAAGGUACAUGCCAAGCGGUGCGAGCUAUGCACACCUAUCGUGCUCCAGUGGGACCGGCCCCCGCGUCGAGACAGAACAGCAUUUCACCACGACCUCAAGAGGUUUCUUCCCGUCAUUCAGACGAUGAUGAACGAUUCCCACAAGCAGAGGGAGAUGCAGACGGAGGAUAUUCAUACGAUUCCACAACGAUUCCACUUGUGACGAAGCGCCACGUCGAAGACAAAAGAGAUGUUGUAUUUGAUGGUGAUGAGGAACUGGCCCAAAACAUAGCAGCGACAGACGCGACAGAAGUCGUUCCUUACGCGCAUCGCGACUUGAAACCUGGCAAUGUUAUGAUUGCUGACGAUGGGGUAACACCCAUCCUAAUGGACUUUGGGAGCACGGUGAAAGCUAGAAUUCAUAUUGAAAACCGUUCGCAAGCUCUCUUCCAGCAAGACUUGGCAGCCGAGCAAAGCACCAUGGCUUAUCGUGCCCCAGAACUUUUCGACGUCAAAACAGAUGUAACCUUGGAUGAGAAAGUUGACAUUUGGUCUCUCGGCUGCACCCUAUUCGCACUGGCUUAUUCCCAUUCACCAUUUGAGAACACACAAACUACUGAACAAGGUGGUUCAAUAGCGAUGGCAGUCCUGAACGCCCGAUACAAUCAUCCUCCAUCCGCUUAUUCUCAGGGUCUCAAGAAUCUUAUCGACAGCAUGCUGAAAGUGAAUCCAAGAGAUCGUCCAGAUAUACAUCAGGUUUUAGAGCAAAGCGACGAAGUCUUGCGAACUCUGGCGUGAACAUUGUACCCAGUAUCCUGUUUCUUCCCUCCUUUAUUUAUUUGAAUAAUUAUACGGACCACAGUAAUCACAUUCGUUUAGAGAUAUUUGACCGCAAAUAUUUUAUCAUUCAGAC